UACCCUCAUGCGCCUAAAGAAGUUUCACUUCAAAAAUGCAUUUUAUGUAAAUCUGAUUAUGCACAAUUUGUAAAAAAUUAUACAUUCUGGCAGCCCUGGUGGUAACAAUUAACUAACCUUUUACCUUAUCAACAAUAAUUAUGUGUUGUGAUAAUAUCGUAGACUAGUACUUAUAUAUUAUUAUUUAUUAGAUAUCUGUGUUAUUAUGUCUUAGGCUGUUGCUUGGUAUUUAAGUGUUUUUUUUUAAAUAUCAUGUCUUCGACGCCGAGAGUUCUUUCUAUUCAGAGUCAUGUUGUUCAUGGUUAUGUGGGAAAUAAGAGUGCUGUAUUCCCACUUCAAGUUCUUGGUCUAGAAGUUGACGCUAUCAAUACUGUGCAAUUUUCAACUCACACUGGAUACAAAGAUAUUAAAGGAACUAUUUUACAAAAUGAGGAUAUGGAAGAACUCAUAAAUGGCCUUGUUUUAAAUGAUGUUGACUACUAUACACACUUUUUAACAGGCUAUUCAAGAUCACCAGAAUCCUUGAAAAAGAUUGCACAAAUAAUUAAAAAUUUGAGGGUAAAAAACCCUGAUCUAGUUUAUGUAUGCGAUCCUGUCAUGGGUGAUAAUGGUAAGCUCUAUGUGCCCGAGAGCAUUUUGCCAGUUUAUAGGGAUGAUGUGGUACCAUUAGCUGACAUUUUGACCCCUAACCAAUUUGAAGCAGAGUUAUUGACUGGGUUGACUAUGAAAGAUUUGGACGGGGCUGUAAAAGUAAUACAAGCUCUACAUAAUAAAGGCGUGAAAACAGUUGUCCUGUCAAGUACAGACUUAGGAGAUGAAAAUAACAUGAUUGCCAUUGCCAGCAAUAAAGACUGCUGUUACCAGGUACAGAUACCAAAAGUAGAUGCAACCUUCACAGGCACAGGAGAUUUAUUUGCAGCAUUGUUUUUAGCAUGGUCAUACAGAACUAAAAACAAUUUAAAGUUAACAUUAGAGCAAACCAUCGCCACACUGCAAGCCAUUGUCAAAGACACCUAUGAUAAUGCUAGAAGAAUUCAACCGACUGGAAAGAUUCCACCCAAGCUGAUAGAGCUACGACUAAUUCAAAACAAGCAGAUUAUUGAGGAGCCCAAAAUCAACAUAACAGCUACUGAGAUAAAACUUAAUUGACAAAGUGCUUAAUUUGUUGCACAACAACUUAUGUAUAAAAGUUACAAAGUUAUCUGUCGCAUUUAAUAUAAUGUUAUGAAAAUAUUAAGAAAGAAGACAAUAAUACAAGUUAAUAAUUGUUUUAAUUAGGGUGGAUAAUAAAUAAGCCUAGCUUGUUACUGUGUUGUCACUUAAAAUUAGCUAGAGAAAUAUUUUCAUUCAUACAAAUAUUUAAAUCAAGUGAGAACUUUGUUAUCAGUAACAGAAUACUAUGGCAACAUAUUAUAUUUUAGUUGCUAAUUUACUUAGUUUAGAUAAGGAUAUACAGUAUUAUUUGUACAUGGGGAACGUCACGCCAAAUCAUUAUUUAAAUAUGAAGCGACCAAUGAAGUCUUCCAAAAAUAUGUCUGUGAUUUCCAUUCAUUUUUGUUAUAUAAUUUUAGCUUAAAUCAAUAUUGUUAUUAAUUUUGUUACAAUUAGAAAAUAAAAGUACAAUUAUUAGUU